GAAAAGCGAAUAGCUAGUAAAGCGGGUCACUUGUCCCGGACCGUAGCCAGUGGAGACGGCGGGUGGAGGCAGCAGCAGCGGCAGCAACAGAAGCAACAGCUGCAGGAGGAGGAAGAGCUGGGAAAGAAGCGACGUCCAGAGCAGUGGCCAGAGCAGCCACAAUCCCCGCGGGUCAGCUCAUUUCGCCUAGCCGGGACGCAAGCAUUGGCUGUCCCCAGGCAAGGUAGCGAUCCCUGCCGGCGGACUGGAGCCGGCUGGAUGUGAUGGAGCCACGGCACGUGCAUUCCCCUUACAGCGCCCGCAGCCCGGUAUGGGAAGAACUGGAGUCAGAGAGGAUGGCCGGGGCCGGAGUCCAGCACCACCCCCCGGGCACUGCCGGAGCCUCCACGGCCGCCUCCACCGCAGCCACGGCAGCCUCAGCUACAGCCGCCGCCGCUGCGGGCCCAGUCGAGGAGUCGUCUGACAGCGAGGCGGAGCACGAGGGGCCACAGAAACUGAUACGAAAAGUGUCCACGUCGGGGCAGAUCCGGAGCAAGACCAGUAUUAAGGAAGGAUUACUAUUGAAGCAGACCAGCUCCUUUCAAAGGUGGAAAAAACGUUAUUUCAAACUUCGGGGCCGCACACUUUACUAUGCCAAGGACUCAAAGUCUCUAAUAUUUGAUGAAGUUGACCUCUCGGAUGCCAGUGUAGCUGAAUCAAGCACAAAAAACGUCAACAACAGUUUCACGAUAAUCACCCCUUUCAGGCGGUUGGUAUUGUGUGCCGAGAACAGAAAGGAGAUGGAAGAAUGGAUCAGUUUACUAAAGUCUGUACAGUCAAGGGAACUUUAUGAGGCAGCACAGUUUAAUGUGGAACAUUUCUCAGGGAUGCAUAACUGGUAUGCCUGCUCCCAUGCUCGACCCACCUUUUGUAAUGUGUGCCGUGAGAGUCUCUCUGGAGUUACUUCCCAUGGUCUGUCUUGUGAAGUGUGUAAGUUCAAAGCACAUAAAAGAUGUGCAGUAAGGGCCACGAAUAACUGCAAAUGGACUACUCUGGCUUCCAUUGGGAAAGACAUCAUUGAGGAUGAAGAUGGUAUAGCCAUGCCUCAUCAAUGGCUAGAAGGCAACUUGCCAGUCAGUGCCAAAUGUGCAGUCUGUGAUAAGACCUGCGGCAGUGUCCUGCGUCUCCAAGACUGGAAGUGCCUUUGGUGUAAAGCUAUGGUACACACUGCCUGCAAAGAUUUAUUUCCUUAUAAAUGUCCGCUUGACCAGUGUAAGGUAUCUACCAUACCCCCGAUUGCGCUGAACAGCAUAGAUUCUGAUGGGUUUUGGAAAGCAACAGCUCCACCAUCUCGUGCUAGCCCUCUUUUGGUAUUUGUCAACUCUAAAAGUGGAGAUAAUCAGGGAGUAAAAUUCCUCCGUCGAUUUAAACAGUUGUUAAAUCCUGCUCAGGUGUUUGAUUUAAUAAAUGGAGGACCUCACUUGGGCUUAAGAUUAUUUCAGAAGUUUGACAACUUCCGGAUUCUUGUGUGUGGAGGAGAUGGAAGCGUUGGUUGGGUUUUGUCAGAAAUUGAUAAACUCAACUUGCACAAACAGUGUCAGCUGGGAGUCUUACCCUUAGGUACAGGAAAUGACCUUGCUCGGGUUCUUGGCUGGGGUGGUUCAUGUGAUGAUGACACCCAGCUACCACAAAUAUUGGAGAAGUUGGAACGAGCCAGUACAAAAAUGCUUGACAGGUGGAGUAUAAUGACAUAUGAACUCAAAUUACCAACAAAGCCUUCUCUCCUUCCCAUCACUUCAGAAGAGGAAAAUGAGGAAUCUCACAUAUCAUCAUAUGAAGACUCAGUUGCCACGCAUCUUGCAAAAAUCCUCAAUUCUGAUCAACAUUCAGUGGUCAUAUCAUCUGCUAAGAUUUUGUGUCAGACUGUAAAGGACUUCGUUGCCAAAGUAGGAAAGACAUAUGAAAGAACAGAGGAAAACAGUGAUGUAGCGGAUACCAUGGCCCUUAAAUGUGAAAUACUAAAUGAGAAACUUGACCAACUACUGCAGACUCUACAUGCAGAAGCCCAGACAGUCCCAGUAUACAAACAUCAUGGCCUUCCCAGUGCUGAAGAAGAGCCUAUAAAUUUUUCAAGUGAUGAGUCCUUAUCUGAAAACAAGGCACGCCUCAUGGAGGGUGCUCCAAAGACUACAUCCCAGAAAACCUUGAAGCCAAGGGAAUUAAUGUUGCGUGCAAACAGUUUAAAGAAAGCAGUUCGGCAGAUCAUCGAACAAGCUGAAAAAGUUGUGGAUGAACAGAAUAUUCACAUUGAUGAAGAGGGUAACCUGAUGUCAUCUCCCCUAGAUGAUGGUAAAGAAACAGAAUAUUCUAAAGAUGAUGAUGGAAAGGAUUAUACAUCUGUUAAAAUUGCAACUCGGGCUCCAGAUACAUGUCUCAGUCAAAGCUGUUCUACAUCUACUUCAAUUUCUGGUCCAAUUCUGACAUCCAACAAAGAAAAUCUUCCUGUGCUUAAUGCCAGAAUAAUCUGUCCAGGUUUAAGAGCAGGAUUAGCUGCUUCAAUUGCUGGGAGUUCUAUUAUCAGCAAAAUGUUACUAGCAAAUAUUGAUCCUUUUGGUGCUACGCCAUUUAUUGACCCAGAUCCAGAAUCACUAGAAGGAUAUUCAGAAAAAUGUGUAAUGAACAAUUACUUUGGAAUUGGAUUAGAUGCAAAAAUUUCAUUAGAAUUUAAUAAUAAGCGAGAGGAACACCCUGAAAAAUGCAGGAGCCGAACUAAAAACAUGAUGUGGUAUGGAGUCCUUGGAACCAAAGAGUUAUUACAAAGGACCUAUAAGAAUUUAGAACAAAGAGUUCAGCUUGAGUGUGAUGGACAAUAUAUUCCCCUGCCUAGUCUACAAGGAAUAGCAGUAUUGAAUAUCCCAAGUUAUGCUGGAGGUACUAAUUUCUGGGGCGGAACUAAAGAGGAUGAUAUAUUUACCGCGCCAUCAUUUGAUGACAAGAUACUGGAGGUCGUUGCAGUAUUUGGUAGCAUGCAGAUGGCAAUGUCCAGAGUCAUAAAACUACAGCACCACCGAAUAGCUCAGUGUCGGUCUGUAAAGAUCACCAUACUUGGAGAUGAAGGGGUGCCAGUACAAGUGGAUGGAGAGGCAUGGAUCCAGCCUCCUGGAAUUAUUAAAAUUGUGCACAAAAACAGAGCUCAGAUGUUAACAAGAGACAGAGCUUUUGAAAACACCCUCAAAUCUUGGGAAGACAAACAGAAGUAUGAUGCUGGUAAGGUACCCCCUCGACCUCAGCAAUAUCUUCAACAAGCUGUUGAUUUAGCAACAGAAGAAGAAGUUAAUCUGAUGCAGCACUGUUCACAGGCAGCCGAAGAACUCAUUACUCGAAUUUGUGAAGCGGCAAAAGUACACAGUCUUUUGGAGCAAGAGUUAGCUCAUGCUGUGAAUGCAUGCUCUCAUGCCCUGAAUAAAGCCAAUCCAAGGUUUCCUGAGAGUCUUACCAGAGACACUGCCAUCGAAAUAGCUGUCAAUGUGAAGGCACUAAAUAAUGAAACUGAGUCUUUAUUAAUUGGGAGAAUUCCUUUGCAGUUGGAAUCUCCGCAUGAAGAAUUGGUAACCAGUGCAUUACAUGGCGUGGAGGUGGAAUUACAGAAACUGUCAGAGAUUCCAUGGCUUCAUGGUGUCCUGCUUUCAAACAAUGAUGAGGAUCCUCCUUUGGAUUAUACCAAAAGAAACAAAAGCACCAUGUUUCGCAUAGUGCCCAAAUUUAAGAAGGAAAAGGUGCAGAAGCUGAAAGGGAGCCCACUACCUGUUCAAAAGUGGGGCACAGAUGAAGUUGCUGCUUGGCUGGAUCAGCUCAAUUUGGGAGAGUACACAGAAAUCUUCAUCCGCCAUGACAUCCGAGGGUCUGAGCUUUUGCACCUGGAAAGGAGAGAUCUUAAGGAUCUGGGGAUAACGAAAGUGGGUCACAUGAAGCGAAUUCUUCAGGGAAUUAAAGAGCUAGGAAAGAGCACUCUACUGUCUGAGGUGUAAUCAUACUGGUGCUACUUUUUGAAAGAGGGGAAAUUUCUAGUAAAUGCACAAGAAUUGGAGGCAAUUUGCUUUCCUUGUAGUUUAUUUUGUGGACAAAUAAGCACUGGUGCAUCCCAUUUAGGUGGAUUUAUUCAUAUUGUGGAUGAAAAGCUUGGUUGGAGGUCUUAAAAAAGAUUUUGUGCCAAAAAAAAAAAAAAGUACAUUCCACAAAGUCAUUUUCUUAUCAUUUGGACCUGGCAUGUUUAAUGUGCACAUAUUGAGGAAAAUCUGGGAGCAUAGUAAACUACAGUGUCUGAAAGAUGGAAUUGUGAAGUGGAGAAUUUCCUUAAUCCUGACCUAAUGUGGCUUUCCUCCAAUGCAACAUAUCAUUAUGUGGAGACAGGUUUCACAUUGACUGAUCUGAGGCAUUCUUCCUUAGAAUCUAUGUUCAGAGGAGUGAGAUUAAAGCCUUUUGCUUUUGCAUGUGAAAUUGAGACUGCCUCAGGAGCCCAGCAUUCAGUGGUCAAGGGAACAUAGUUGGUUAAUUCCACAAAUACCGUGGGUACAAAUGAAAGUGCACAGUGUUCCUGCCUGAACUGACUUUCUUUUUGUUGCAUGACACAUUUAAUACUUUUUACACUUGAACAACCUCAAUAUUAGUUUUUAAAGGAUUUAAUUUAUUACUCCCCAAGUG